AUGUAUUUCAGGUUUCGCAGUCUACGGACGUACUCUAACCUGUUUGUUCUCAACUUGGCCGUAUCGGAUUUGCUUAUGGCUGUAGGCAACAUUCCCAUGUUGAUCAUAUCAAGUUUCUCCGGACAUUGGGUGUUCGGGGUCGCAGGUUGUUACGUGUACGCCUUUCUUGGGGCAGUUGGAAGCUUCGUGUCUAUCAACACAUUAGCAGUGAUAUCAGUGGAUAGAUGUUUCGUGAUUUUAAAAACUAUACCUGGACAAAAGAGAAUGUCAAGACGAACCUUUGCAACCAUAAUUACCACAAUAUGGCUUUAUGCUAUCGCUUGGGCAUCGGGACCAUUCUUCGGAUUCGGAAGGUAUAUUCUGGAAGGUACCAAUACCUCGUGUACCUUCGACUUCUUCUCAAAGACGCCCGCCGUUCAGGGCUUUGUGAUCGCCAUCUUUAUUGUUCAUUUCUGUAUACCAGUGACCGUAAUCUCAGUUUCUUAUUUUCUGCUGUACACAGCUAUUAUGAGGUUUAAACUGCAAUUUCUCGAAGCAUCGAGAGUUUUCGGAGAAAUUGAGUUACCGCUUCCCAUGCGGAGGGGCAGCCAAGGUUAUAUAAAUGAGAAAAAGACAACGCGCGCUGUAAUAAUCGUGAUAUUGGUGUUCUGUAUCUCGUGGGCACCAUACGCUUGUGUUGCUAUGUUUGGGGUAUUUGGUGACGCUUCGAAAAUAACAAGACUAGCAGCUGGAAUUCCUGGCUUGUUUGCCAAGUGUUCUGCUAUAUUUAAUCCUAUAAUUUAUGCAUUGUUACAUCCCCGGUUUCGAUCAAAACUGUUUCCAUGUCGACGUGGCGAGACUGAAAGAGGAACUGCGCUGAACAGAACGCCUUUAUUUAAUUUGUAA